AUGCUUCAUGGAUAUAGACGUGGAAAACGCACAAUAAAACAUAUCUCUUUGAAAUGUCAUCGAUUUCCAAUUCCAGGAUAUGAAAUUUCAAUGAAUAAAUUAUAUUUAUGUUUAUGCUAUAUCUUUCAAAAUCUAGGUUUUAUUUAUCGUUUCUAUAAGCAACACAUAACAUCAUAUCAACCAUUUAAAAAAUCCCUUCAGGGUUGGAAAGAAGAGAAAAGUUUGCAAUCAUCCCAAGCACGAAACAGGAAAGCUCUAAACGAUAUUCUGUUAAGCGAAUGUUUGAGUUAA